AUGACUCGCUCGAAUGUCGGCGAUUCAACGACGGCCGUGGCCGGAAUCCAUCACCAGACGUUGACUGAACAACGGAGCAGCCAAUGCCGCAUCAGAGCUCGAUCGGCCAGGAUUCGACCAAAGAGGGCCCAAUACGUGGCCAACGCCUGUGAUGCAUGUCGAGGACGCAAAGUUCGCUGCACCGGACAGAAGCCCUGCGAGCGAUGCUCAAAGUUCGGUAUUCAUUGCGACUAUGGAGAUGGAAGUGGAUCAGUUCCAGUCACCGAAGUUUCUGAGGCUACUAGUGCUUAUGAAGCUAUGAACUAUUCGCCGGCAUCACAUAUUCCUGGUGUGGAAACGCCGGAGAACGUGGUUGAUGGUGCCGUUCAGACGUUGAAACUCGUUCUGGCGAUGACACUGCUGGCUGAGGGUGGCGGUCGGCAUACAAUAGGAGAGGCGAUGUGCAAAGAGGUUCAGCAGGAACUAGUUUUCCCAAUGGGACGGUUAGGUGAGCUGAAAGAUGUUGAGAACAUGGCACUCUUGGGCGUCUCCUUCUAUUUCAUGAACGACGAGAACCAAGCAUGGCGGAUGAUCGGGCUCGCUGCACGCCUUUGUAUCGAACUCGGUUUACAUCAAGCAAAAAUUUACCAAAUGCAUCCCAACUCCAAAUCUUCGACAAGAGCGAUUACACUGUUUUGGGAUGUUUAUAUCCUUGACCAACGCUUUAGCCUCAGCACGGGCAGGCCGUUUGCAAUACAAGAUAUAGAUAUUGACCCGGCGUUACCGAAACUAGAUAACCUAUCACCGUAUGUCCGCAACAUGAUCACCUUUGCAAGCAUUGGAUCUCGUGUAUGGGCAUCACGCAUCUAUAUCGAAGGCAGCGGUUUACAUGGCGAGCGAGACAAAAUUGCCUACCUAGAUUUCCAAAUUCAACAGUGGAGCAACGCGCUCCCUUCUGCCUUGAGGUUAUUCAACACUCAAACUUCUUCCCUUGCGGACAUAAACUUGGCCACAACUCCCAACACACCCCUUGACUUUACCGGCAUGGGAGACAAGUCGUUGUUCAUUCGCGCCCUGCUCUAUCUCCGCGCCAAUGAGCUUCGUAUCUUAAUCCACAGGCCUGCAUUGCAUUCGUCUGACUCAAUCCAAAAGAACCCUCUAAGUGCGCGUGCUGCUGUCAAUGUUGCACGGCGGUCGCUCAACUUGUUACUGUACCUUUGUCGCCUACCUACACUUCAUCCCAUGCACCACGUCUGUGCAACUCAUUUCUUAGAUUCCUCGCUUACCGUCUUACUCCUUGCAGUCUCACACGCGCCAGAAACCUUAGGUGCUGAGAUCCGUGAUCAACUACUAUCUGCUCUUAGCUUGCUAGAAGAUCUUAGCACGACAACGAGCCACUCGGAGAGCCUCUGA